UUAAUUUGUUUCCUCUUACCCUAUAUAAUUCAAAAACUGUUACUUAUUAAGACUAUAUAUUUUCUUCUCUGAUCUUCUCUCAAUAACACUUGUUACUUCGUCUUCUUCUUCUUCUCUCAAUAAUGGUGGCAACAAGGUGCAAGGAGGUUUUCUUUGGAAUAUUCAUGGAAGCCAUGGAAACAAUUCUUUAUGCUGCAUUCACUCUUAUUCUAGCACUAGGAGGAUCAAUAGUAGGAACAAUAGCAGGAGGAAUCAAAGGGCAAACAACAGAAGCUGGUUUUCUUGAUGGAGCUGGAAAAGGAGCAGUUACAGGAGCCAUUGCUGCCAUUGAAUUGUUGAACUUUAGAGCCAUCGAUGACCCUUUAACCAAGGCAUUGAUGAGCAGUUUAUUAAAUGGGAAAAUCUUUAUGGAAUGGAUAUGUCCAGCUGUUGCUCAAGCCUAUCACUUGCAUAUGAACACAGCAGAAACAAGUUCACAGAGAGAAGUAUCAUCAAAUAUUUAUGAAAACAAAGGGAUUACAGGGAUGGCACAGAGUGUAAUUCUGAAGCUUCCAUUUCAGAAAUUUAAAUCCAAUAAGAAACUAAUGUACAUGUCAAGCUGCUCAAUUUGCUUCCAGGAUUUUGAGGAUGAAGAAUUGAUUAGGAUACUUCCAAAAUGUGGCCACAUUUUUCAUUUACAAUGUAUAGACAAAUGGUUAAUCCAACAAGGAUCAUGCCCUAUCUGUAGAACUCAUGUUUCUUCUUAUCACAUUCAUGACUUGUAGUGGCUCAUCCAUUUUUCAUACUCAAAAAGUUCGU